AUGGUCUGCUGCGGACGUAACAACGGCACCUGCGUGUGCGCCCAGGAGGCAAAGUGCUCUUGCGGAAAGCAGCCUGCGCUCCAGUGCACCUGCGAAAAGGCCGUCUCCGAGAACAAGCUACCAGAGGACUCCUCAGCAUGUGCUUGCGGAAAGCGAACUGAAAAUGCGUGCAACUGCGGUCGCGCUGACAACAACGGUUCUUCUAACCUCGAGACCGACUUUACUACCAAGAAGUAA